AUGUCCACGUCCGCGGACCCUCCUGUCGGCGGCGGACCCCCGCUCCACCGCGCCCGUGCUUUGUCGCCGCGGCCAAUUUUGACCGUCGUCGUCGUCGGCGACCGUCUCAACCCACGCGUCCGUCUCCGCUUUUACAAAAAGACGAGACGGAUCAGUGACCUGACAGAACCAGAGGGAGACGACGACGAGGAGGACGACAAGGAGGGCAGGACUAUUCGAAAGGGUUCGCCGCCGACAAGGUCCGCCGCGACAGCCCAGCCACGUACGGACACAGCAGUGCGGGAUACGACAUCCACCGCGGCAGGGUCCGCUGCUGGAAGGCACGUGGGUCAAGACGCAGGCCCACGGAUCACACAGGCUUAUUGCGUAGAGGGCAUUCGGAGGCUUAUGGGAGAAGAAGCGGCGGGGAAGCAGACGGUCCCCGAAUGCACGGAGGAGUGGCAGACUGUCCGGGACAGGGUGGCUGCUCUUCUUGACCAGGCGUCAUCCAGGAGGGUCGGAGAGGUGAUCCGCUCGAAGAAGAAGAGCAGCGGCUAUUCUUUAAGCGAUCGACUGAGGGGUGCUGGUCUUGGCACCCACUCAUCUCGAGCUCUCGCAGGAGCAGCUCUCAAACGUGCGGUGGUCGCGGAAGAAGAGGCCAGUCCUAGAUGCGGCAGCCGCUACCAGAAUUCGCUUCGAACUUCCCGCUCUCGUCGCCGCGCCGAACCUCGUCGGCGCCGACCACACGACGCCGCGCCGGACCCUGCCGCCGCCGCUGCUGCCGCCGCCGCCGUCAUAAUUGGCGGCGGCGGCGGCCAUCUCGAACCUCUCGUCGAUUCCUACUUGACAGGUCAUGGGCCCGUCUACGGACAUGACUUGAGCGCGGUGCUACAACACUCCCAUCGCCAUCCGUGCCAGUACCGGCUAUUCAACUCGAUCACCACGGCUAUGUGUCCUCUAGUGGUCUCAUUCGGGGUGAUCUAG